AUGCCCUCUUCACCGAGGCCCUACACUUACUCUCUCCCGACUACUUUAUCGUUCCGUAUCGGGAGAUCCACCGCAAUCUACAUCCUCAGGGUCGUCAAGAUCAAGAAGUACAAGUCGCUGGAGUCCAUCUUCAACGACUUUGCCACGAAUCUGGCUACCAUCGUGCGCAUCCGACGGUCGGCCGGUCACCCCCUGGGACUGGCUGAAUACACCCAUCUGUUGGAUUGCGCUCGCGCCAUCGGUGAUGGCCUUAUGGCAGAUCAUGUCUGGCACAAUUUGAAGCAAGACGGUAUUGUACCCGAUCUCAAGUGCUACAACUACUACAUGGAAGCCAAGGUCUGGGACGGUGCCCACAGUGGGCUGGAACGGUACCGUCUGCGAGUCACCCCUUACUCCUAUCGAAAGAGGCGCUUUCCCACCGCCAAUACCGGCUGGAAGGGCUACGGGACUGCCGUGAGAAGCGUCCGGAAGGAGGUCCUCCAGAUCUUCCACGAGAUGUUAGAACAGGGCACCUACGGCGAUGAGACCAGCUUCGUCAACGUCAUGCUGGCGUCCUGCCGCGUGGGACACAUGCGAGGCGUCGAGAAUGUCCUGAAGACCGUCUGGAAUGUCGACGUGGAAGCCAUCCGCAACGGCCAGUCCGAACUCCCCGCCGUCACCAGAUACCCCCGCGCCUCUCCCCUGCAUCCAACUGGGAACCUCCUUUUCGCCGUGGCCCAUGCGUUCGGGACGAACAGUGACAUCUCGGGCGCCCUUCGCACAAUCGACUUUAUCUCCGCCGCCUACGACAUCACCGUUCCCGACUCUGUCUGGCAUGAGCUCCUCGAGCGCGCCUUCGUCCUCUCGCGUCGUCGAUUCGGCGCCAACGCCGACAAGAACGCGCGCGGCCAAUUCCCACCCGACGCCCUCAACGGGAUGUUCAAGGCCAUGACUUCCGACCCGGUCAACGUGCGACCCACCAUCAACACCCACCGCAUCCUCGCCAAAACGGCCUGGGAGCGUAAGGACUUGUCCGAGUUUCAGCACCACAUGCGGGCUGCGUACGACCUGCUGAAAGCCGCACGGAAGCAGCGCAAGGCCGCGCGAGCUGCGGUCGAGACCUAUCUGCAGCAGAUCGCCUCCGUCUCCGAGACCUCCCCGCAGGCACGCGCGCUGUUACAGUCGCGCGAGUUCGCCGAGGCGGUGCACGUCUACGAUCUUCACCGCUGGCGUACGGUGCAGCACACGAUCGUGAUGGAACGGCUCGCCAAACUCGCCUUCAUCCACCACCGCUGGACCGACCGGCGCGAUUCCUCCUGGAGCCACCGGCUUCUGCCGCAGGAGCUCGAAGAGUGGCGCGACUUUCUCCCGGAGACCCUCGAGCACCCGCUCCCGUCGGGCCGCGUACAGUUCCAGGGCCGCACCACCUUUGAGGACGCGCGGUUGACGCCCCAUCGGUGGGUGCCCAUCCGCCGGCCGCCUUGGGGCCGUACGGCGAGAGAUGCGCGGCCACUGGAUGACGAGUUUGGAGAGGUUGACGAUGACUUUCUCUGGGAAGACUUUAAGCGCGCCAACCCGCAGCUGAAUCUGAGCUUUGCGCCCUUGUCGCGGCUGUUCAAUGGGGUUGGGAAGCGGGUUCACGCGGCGCGGGCAGCCUCGCAUGCGGUACCUCAACCCGAGGUGCACUGCGUGGAGCGCGAGGUCGUCCGCGAGAUGCCAGUGGAACAGCGGGAGGAGUCGCUGGGGCUUCCAGCUGGCCUUGACCUCGCUAUGUAG